AUGCAUCCAUUCAAACGAUUGAGUCAUACUGGUCUCUACGGGAACUGCCAUCACGCCAUGAGCACCGUCACAUUAGACGUAGGCAAGCUGAAAACAUUGCUAGUGUCACGUCCUGGAUGGACGACCAUGACGGAUCUGCUCGGGGCCACUGGAUGGACUCCCGUGCAAAUGCUUCCCGAAGGGGUGCCAAUGCUAGGAAUUUUCAUGAUCGCGUUGAUCGCGCCCGUCCGGCCCGAGUCAUUGUACCUGAAGAUAAACCAGAAAGUUACUUUGUUGCUUACUUCACCCCUGGGUUGA